CAUGGAAGGGAAAUGCAUAGUUACAAAAGUUAAUCUGAAAUAUGAACAAAAAAUUGUAAGUUUGAAGGCAUUAUUCUAUAUAAGAGAAAACUUAGUAUAGUCUUAAGUGAUGGAAAGACUAAAAAGAUUGCCGGCUUUGCAUAAUUUGAUUUGUCUGUUGCUCUCAAUCUAAAUAUGAAAUAAAAGGAAUAUUCUUUAAAUCUAAUUUAAUGUCCUGACACUAAAGCUUUUGUUGAAUUUACUUUGUUGAUCAAUUCAUUGGAUUUCUUGUAACAUAAUAACGAUAUAGAUGUACACAAACAACUAUAACAAAAAGUCUAUGACCUCAAGAGCCUUGAGCCAAAACGAAAGCCAAGAAAAAAGAAAAAUUAAGAUUGAA